GUAAAUCCUGUCACUUGGAUUCUGUGUGUGUACCCUAAAGAGAGCAAAUCAAGGCUUAGCUUCAGAAUUAAGGUUUAUUUACAGAAGGUCAGAUAAAAUGUGCGGCAAGUUACAGGUCGUAACCUCAAAAGCUUCCUCUGUCUCUGUUCCUGAAGACAGAGACAGCAAUGGCCAUCACCAUGUUCCCCUAAUCAAUCUUGAUCAUGGUGAUCCUACAAUGUACGAGUCUUACUGGAAAGAGAUUGGCCAAAAUUUGAGCCUUGAAAUCCCUGGAUUCGAAUCUCUGAGUUACUUUUCGAACCCGAAGAAGCUGUGCUGGUUUUUGGAGCCAAAACUGGAGGACCAAAUUAAAAAGGUGCACGAAAAGGUGGGCAAUGCCAUAACCGAAAACCGACACAUAAUAGUUGGGACAGGCUCGAGUCAACUCAUUCUGGCUGCUUUGUUCGCCCUUUCCACUUCCGUAAACGAGCCAAAUCCAGUCAGCGUCAUCUGCCGGGCCCCAUACUACUCGUCGUAUCCUGAGAUGAGCGAUUUUCUAAAGUCGAAACUGUUCGAGUGGUGGGGAGAUGCCGAUUUGUUCGACAAGGAUAAGAAUGAGCCGUACAUAGAGAUGGUGACUUCCCCAAACAAUCCGGACGGCACUAUCAGGCAGCCCAUUGUUAAUGGGCCUAAAGGAAUGCUUGUCCAUGAUCUUGCUUACUAUUGGCCUCAAUAUACAGCCAUUACAUCCUCUGCAGAUCAUGAUGUCAUGCUUUUUACUGUUUCUAAGUGCACGGGACAUGCUGGAUCGCGUAUCGGAUGGGCUGUCGUGAGAGAUGAGAAUGUUGCAAGGAAGAUGGUGAAAUUUAUUGAGAUCAACACAAUUGGCGUGUCGAAAGAGGCGCAACUCAGGGCUGCAAAUAUCCUGGAAAUGAUUUCUCUAAGCUGCACGCAACCAAACACUCGUAUUCCCAAUUUCUUCAAACAUAGUCGUCACCUCAUGGCUCAAAGGUGGACCAAACUAAGGGAAGCUAUCAACAACAACAGUCUUUUUCAUGUCGCUAAAUUCCCGAAACAGUACUGCAAUUUCAGCGGAGAAUUCGUCGAAACUUAUCCUGCUUUUGCAUGGAUAAAAUGCAAAGAUGGGGUGGAUUGUGAGAAGGUGUUUAAAGGGCACAAGAUUCUCACUAGGAGUGGAGUGAGGUUCGGAUGUGAAGCAGAAUAUGUGAGAGUGAGCAUGCUGAGCAGAGAUGAUGAGUUUGAGCUGUUUGUGAAGAGGCUGCCCACCAUUCAUGUGGAGGAUGCAAAUCUAAACUAAGAUCAAUUUUCUAAGUCCACACAUUACUACGCUUGAUAUCAAAGUUUGUUUUGGUUUUUACUGUCACUACUUUUUCUUUUUUUUUUUUCUGCACCCAUAGCUUUAUUUAGGCAGUGUGGUGAGGAAGCUCUAUACUUAUAUAGGUAUUAGGUUUCAUUACAAAUGCUGCUCUGAGAUUCAGUCUAAGCAUUUUGCAGGUUAAGCAUUUGAGCAAAAUUUUUAGUGCUUGAUUACAACACUCAAAAUUGUGUUCUGGAUUCUCCAUUCAAUUUUUUCUUUUUUUUUUUCCCAAACGAUAGAGCU